UUCAUUAAUAACAUGAACACAACAAGCGAUAUUAAUGAGUUUCAAUAUAGACUCACAAAUGAAAAUACCUCCGCGCAGAUUCGCCCUGCAUUGUCAGCGUUGCAAAAGGAGCUCAUUGAAUAUGCAACCGUUUCGUCUCGACUGCUUUUCAUACAGGAUCCAUGUGUUUUUAAGGAUUUCCAUCACUCCUCGGAGGCCCUGAACAACUAUUCGACAGUGGAACUAUCCGCAAUUGUGUUGAACACAAUUCUACCGAAUGUGCAUGACUAUCAGUUGCCCGAGGCCGUCCGAAAACGCUUGAAAUUGCUGAAAAUGAAUCCCUGCUUUCGAAGCACUCCACAAGGCUAUCAAUACACGCCACAAUGCCAGGAAAACCAUUUUGCACUGCAGCCAACAAUCGAUUUCAGUCUGUCCGAACAACUACCAAAAUUACUGUCUGCCCAGGGACCUCGUCCAAGCAGUGAAUUCGCAUCCCACACAAUGCUGCUCGAUCAAGUUGUUGGGCCCAAAUUCGAACUUAGCUUUGAGAUUGCCUCGUUGCUCUCGGCCCUGCUCUCCACAGACUUGGAGCUGUCUUCCGGCGGAUUGCACGAUCGCGAGCAAAUUCAAAAGCGUUUGCGACGCGCCAAACACAAUUUCGAGUCGUCGGGCAACAUGUUUCCCUACCGCAAUAAUAUCGAGUCGCUCACAAAUAACAUUGUCACAUUCGAGAAGAUUAAAAAGAAGCUUUGCAGCACUUUGGUAAAUUGAAACUGAAAUGUUAAAUUCAUAAUUUUUUAAUAUGUGUAAAAAGACUGCCUUGCAUACAACUAGUUAUUUUUUAUCUUCAUUUGUACAUACAAACUAAAAAAAAA